ACCGAGAGGAGAGGGGUAGUGAGAAUCCUACGUACCCAAACAGCGAGAGAGAGAGAGAGUCCUAGUGAGAGCAGAGCUAGAGAGAGACGGGAAGAUAGGCAAGCGGGUUUGUGGAGUAAAAGAACGGCUGGACCUGCCAAGAUCCAAGAGGAUUGUGUUAUUCUCGGAAUAACUGCAACUGCGCUAAUUUGUAAAGUGUUUUUUUUUUCGCCAAUCACAAUGUCAUCGUCUGGGAAAGACAACAGUGCUGCUCAACAUGCCAAUUACGUGGGACCGUAUCGCUUGGAAAAGACGCUCGGCAAAGGACAGACAGGCCUGGUCAAGCUGGGGAUCCACUGUGUCACAUGCCAGAAAGUCGCAAUUAAGAUUGUCAACCGAGAGAAACUCAGCGAGUCGGUACUAAUGAAGGUUGAGCGGGAAAUAGCGAUUCUGAAGCUCAUAGAACACCCUCACGUUUUAAAGCUGCACGACGUCUACGAAAAUAAGAAAUACUUGUAUCUGGUGUUAGAGCACGUCUCAGGGGGAGAGCUCUUUGACUACCUGGUAAAGAAGGGACGGUUAACACCCAAGGAGGCCAGGAAAUUCUUCAGACAGAUCAUCUCUGCGCUGGACUUCUGCCACAGUCACUCCAUAUGCCACAGAGAUUUGAAGCCAGAGAACCUGUUGUUAGAUGAGAAGAACAACAUCAGGAUAGCAGACUUUGGCAUGGCCUCUCUACAGGUCGGGGACAGUCUGCUGGAGACCAGCUGUGGAUCUCCGCACUACGCAUGCCCAGAGGUUAUAAGGGGGGAGAAGUAUGACGGCAGAAAAGCAGACGUGUGGAGCUGUGGGGUCAUCCUCUUCGCCCUAUUGGUGGGCGCCCUACCGUUCGACGACGACAACCUGAGGAACCUGCUGGAGAAGGUGAAGCUGGGAGGGUUCCAUAUGCCCCACUUCAUCCCCCCAGACUGUCAGAACCUCCUCCGGGGCAUGAUCGAGGUAGACGCCACCAAACGGCUAACGUUAGAGCAGAUUCAGAAGCACAACUGGUACAUAGGGGGUAAGAAUGAACCCGAGCCAGAGCAGCCUGUUCCCAGGAAGGUGGCUAUACGGAGCCUGCCCUCUACAGACGACAUAGAUCCGGACGUACUGGACAGCAUGCACUCUCUGGGCUGCUUCAGAGACAAGAACAAACUGAUGAAGGACCUGCUCUCGGACGAAGAUAACCAGGAGAAGAUGAUCUACUUUCUGCUGUUGGACCGUAAGGAGAGGUACCCCAGCCAAGAGGACCAGAACCUGCCCCCACGCAACGAGAUUGACCCCCCCAGGAAGCGUGUGGACUCCCCCAUGCUGAACCGCCAUGGCAAGAGGAGACCGGAGAGGAACUCUAUGGAGGUGCUGAGUGUCACAGACGGAGGCUCCCCCGUACCCGCCAGGAGGGCCAUCGACAUGACACAGCACGGACAGAGGUCACGGUCCAUAAGUGGAGCAUCUUCCGGUCUCUCCACUAGCCCUCUCAGCAGUCCACGGGUUACCCCUCACCCCCCCCCCCCGGGCAGCCCCCCCCCCACCCCCAAGGGCACCCCUGUGCACACACCCAAGGAGAGCCCGGCGGGCACGCCCAACCCCACGCCACCCCCCAGCCCGUCUAUCGGCGGCAUGCCCUGGAGAACACGCCUCAACUCCAUCAAGAACAGCUUCCUGGGCUCGCCGCGCUUCCACCGCAGGAAACUACAAGUUCCCACACAAGAGGAGAUGUCCAGCCUCACACCAGAGUCUUCCCCAGAGAAAUACAAAGGCAGCAUCACACCAGACUCUUCCCCAGAACUUGCCAAAAAAUCCUGGUUCGGUAACUUCAUCAACCUGGAUAAAGAGGAACAGAUCUUUAUCUUGAUCAAAGACAAGCCUCUGAGCUCUAUCAAGGCUGACAUCGUCCAUGCCUUUCUCUCAAUCCCCAGUCUCAGCCACAGUGUGAUCAGCCAGACGAGUUUCCGGGCAGAGUACAAGUCCACAGCCGGCCCCACGGUCUUCCAGAAGCCAGUCAAGUUCCAGGUGGACAUCACCUACACAGAGAGCACUGCCGCCACCAAGGGGAACGGCAUCUACUCUGUCACCUUCACCCUGCUCUCAGGACCCAGCCGGCGCUUCAAGCGGGUGGUAGAGACGAUUCAGGGCCAGUUGCUAAGCACACAUGACCAGCCAGGAGUUCAGCAGCUUUCUGAGGAGAAGAACGGCCAGGUGCCUCAACACCACCCCCCCGCCACCCCAACCGCCCGACAUUGCUCCUCUUCCAUGCGAGAAGACACAAAAUGUCCGCCCGCCACGGGCCGAGACAGAGUCAGGAUGGCGUCCAUUGGGACACUGGAGGAAUCCUAGACCAGGAAACUGUAGUAGCAGUAGAGCCAAAAUGUUAGUUAGAGCUAACGUGAAGCAUUAAAGAUCCAAACCCGAGUAUCACUUUAUCCAUUCUUAUCAGGGGUUUUGGAAAAGUGGUAAGAGACUUGACAAUGACAAAGCUAGCAGUACUGUAACUGAACAUACCCUCUUUGGACUCAAUAUACUUUUUGUAUGAAGGAAUGACUGUGUACAUAUAGAGAAUAUGAAUCAAACAGAUAUUUUACCAAACACAAACACACCUCACAUCACCCCAUCUAAGUGUCUGUGCCAUUUUGUGUGCUCCCCUCCCCCACUCUGUCAAUCACAUAUUGGCCCAGUUCGAAUACUUCGGAAAUACAUCCUUGAAGUAAUCACAGAUCUGAAUUGGUUGGAUUGGUGAAAGUAGUAGGGUGGUAACCUUGCUUACAUCUAUCCAAUCACGGUGAUUACCUCAAGGAAACGAGGAAGGAAGGAUCCAUUUCUGUAUUAGAACAAGGCCAUUGUGUCCUCUCUCCUCCUCUGCUCACCUGUGUGAUGACUUGACUUGUUUCUACUACCAGGAAUUAUCCAGAAAACCUAUUAGAUCCUCCUCCUGCCUCCCUGCUCCACUCCACCUGUCCUGUUCCUCCUUGGCCAUCCCUUCAACCCCCCCGUCUGCACACCAAGAGAUGGACAUUUGUUGACUGAGCUGGGGACCGCUUUUCAAGGGCCCUCCUUCGCUACCUCGAGCAGCAGUCCCUGAGAGAGAAAACAGCUAUCCAUACCCCUCUGACACACGCAUGUUAUACACACACACACACACACACACACACACACACACACACACACACACACACACACACACACACACACACACACACACACACACACACACACACACACACACACCUUCCACCCGCUCCUAUCCCCUCAUAUAACUGGAGAUUAUUAAGCAUUUAACAGCACACAAACACACACUGUCAUUACACAAAUAAAUACACACACCUUCUCACACACUAUUGCACAGUAUGCACAAACUCUGGGAUGUAAUAACAAGGACAAAGAACAAGAAAUGGACAGAACAAUGAAGUGACCAGGAGGAGGAGAAGCGAAGGAGGAGGAGUUUGUGGAUAUAGUAUCAACAGCCGACGCGGACGCUUGCUGGAUUGUAUCGUUUCUCUUUUUAAUGUACUUCCUCUUUCUUUGUGAAGAAACUGGGUUUAAAAACACUAAAAUGGACGUUUAUUAGACUCAAUACCAUUGCUGCAAAUGGACUGGAAUUGCUAUUUCAGAAAGGGGGUGUAG